AUGGUAUGCAGAGCUGAUGGUAACGAGAGCAGCCAGCACAUGUUCGCCAUGUUGCUGGAUGCCUCGAAAUCUCAGCUGAUAGACAUCGUAGAGAUGAUGAUGACCGUAGGAGUAGACGAGAUGAAGACAGGUAUCACCGGUCUAAAGCCCAGAAGCGGUCCAGGUCAGACUCCCGAAGCCGCCACCGACGUCAUCGUUCCAGUGAGGAACGAGAGGGAAGAAAACAACCGAAGAAAAGCCCAUAAGUCUGAGUCGUCGAGAUCAAAUCGAGAUGUAAGUACACAGAGUAAUGUAGAUUCGAGUAGACAGACGACUAAGUACAAUGAAGGUGAUAUUGUCACCCAGUACAAAAUUAUUAGAAACAAUAGCAAUCAGGCUCCGAAGACAACCAGCACUGAGACACGCACAGAGAACGUAGUGAGUAAUGAGAAUACGAUGAAAGAUGGAGAAAAGAGAAAGAAAAAGAAAAAGAAGAAGUCUAAGUCACCGGAGAAACAGAGUGAACCGUUAUCAUUUAACCGAGAUGUUGUGCCCGUAGCAAUCCCGCUACCACCUAAGAAUGAUUGUCGUACGGUUGCAACGUUAUCACAGCCUUCAACGUCAUCUCAGAGUUCCGUACAGCAUCCGAGCACGAAUCAGGACCAGUUUACGAGCUCGCAUGUACAGAGUGAAGGUGAAAUUCAAUUGUCGUUUUUGAAUUGGGAACCAGGUGCGAAGCGUAGAGCAGCGAUGGACCAAGCGAUGAGUAAAUUGCUUGCACUGAGAGCCGAAGAUGAGAUGGUUGAGAAAGCGUUGAAGAAGGAACGCAAACGUUCGAAGAGAGAGACAGAGACUGAGAAACCGAUCUUAGUGAGAAGAGUGCCGGAUGCUGUGCCAGCCACCGAGAACACCGUUCAAACCGAGAAUGUACUGCGACCCGCGCCUGAACAGCAACGUCCAGUUGAACGACCUCGCGCCCCGACGCCGAAACCGACGGUAUCUGACGCGUCGGAAAAUGAAGCGAGCUCGUCGGACUCCGAAUCGGACUCGGAAGAGUCGGAUGAUGAUUCGUCUGAUUCCAGCUCCGAAGAGGAAGAGGAGGAGAACGGAGAUGAUCAUGGAACGGGAGGAGGCGCUACAUCGAACAGUACCCAGAAUCCACCGCCUCCCCCUCCACCAACGGGUGGUACUAGGGGUACACAGAAAGUCGAAAGAGAAGAACACGCGUUCGAGUAA